AAUCAAGUGACGUUGUCGGUUGACGUUGCGCAUUGUCGCAGUACAAGUCGCCAUUUUUCGUAUCGUGCAUUGGAAAAAGGCUGAAAAGUGGUGACGACUGGAAUUCCAGUUGCUGGUUUGAAUCUGAAAUUGCAGAUCAUGUCGGCUCACGAUCAAAUGCGAGCAAUGCUGGACCAGCUUAUGGGUACUGGACGAAACGGAGAAAAUAACAAGUUUCACGUGAAAUACAACGACCCCAAAGUAUGUAAAUCCUUUCUGUUGAGCUGUUGUCCUCACGAAAUCCUCUCGUCUACGAAACUUCAAAUAUCUAUUAAAAGAUGAGGAAAAUAGGUGUUAGUUUUGUAUGUAAGUACAUUGACGUACGUAUAAAGAUCAAUUUUUAGGCUAUUGUGGAUACUUAUAGUAAAAUUUUACAUUUUUCUGCUUUUGGGCAAAAUCAGUUUGAGCUAUUUUUAUAAAACUUCAAUGGCGACACCGCUCCUGCCUUGAUCCUUUAUCGAAAUAGACCGAGAUUUAACCAAAGUAGAAAUCAGCGACAAUAUUGAUAAUUGCCAGAAUUUAAAUUCUGUUUUAUAGACGCAAGUGCGAACAAUUUUAAACCCGCUUUGGAAAACUUACUAAAAUUAAUUUGUGGCCAAUUAGCAAGUUUCCAAAAAAACUAAGCAAUUAGUUGGUGUUUUCGGAAACAAAAAACUAUUCCUUUUCUUCUCCACUUUAAUUUAUAAAAAAAACCUCUGAGUACUGGUUUUUAUCAAUAUUUCAUUCAUCAACAGAUAAGCCACUGGUUUUGGUAAGUCUUGGUAUAUUAGUAGUAAUACUUCGCCGCUAACCUUAUUCUGAGCAAAUUUUUGGUAAGUAAAAAUUCCUCAACAGAAAAUCAAGCCUGCGAACGUAUCUGCUACAUACAUACAUAAAGAGCGCAAUUCAUCCGCACGGUUUUCUUGAUACUGUGAGUAUGAUUUUUUUUACGAUAACGGCGUCUAGGAUUCGUAUGACCAAUUUUUGUGAGUAUUAAAAAUCGUUAUUGGUCCAGCAGUUUCAAUUGAAAAUUCGCCAAAUUUGUCAAUUUACGAGAAAAAUCUGAGUGGAGUAGCAAAACCUUCGUAUGGACUUGGGCGAGUGUCCGAAGAUUCACGAUUUGGCUUUACGUGCAGAUUUCGAAAAUGCCCAGAAAAGCAAGGAUCACUUCUACGACUUGGAUGCAAUGGAACACUUGCAAGCGUUUAUUAGCGACUGUGACCGAAGAACUGAGGCAGCUAAGCAACGACUGGCUGAAACUCAGGAAGAACUAUCGGCUGAAGUGGCAGUCAAAGCCAAUAGUGUUCACGAACUUCAGGAACAGAUCGGUCAAAAGCUGGCCAAAGCUGAACAACUAGGCGCUGAAGGUUUUGUUGAUGAAAGCAUGAAGUUGAUGGAAGAGGUCGAUGAUUUGCGGAAGAAAAAGCUUGAAGCUGAGCAAGAGUACAGAAAUUCGAUGCCUGCAAGCAGUUAUCAACAGCAAAAGUUGAGAGUUUGCGAAGUGUGCUCAGCUUAUCUAGGAAUACACGAUAAUGAUAGACGAUUGGCUGACCAUUUUGGUGGAAAGCUGCAUCUAGGAUUCAUCAAAAUUCGGGAGAAACUCAUGGACUUAGAAAAAACCGCUGACAAACGCAAAGAUGAACGGAAGAAAGCUUUUAAGGACAAAGACAGAGAUGAUGAAGGAUUUUCGGGAAGGCGGUACAGAGAACACUAUGUGGGUGGUAGAGAACUGGAUAGAAGAUCCAGAAGACACAGAUCCAAAUCCAGAGAGAGACGCGAUAACCGGGACAAGGAAAGGAAGGAUCGCGACAAGGACAGGGAAAGGAGGCGAUCCCGAUCUAAGAGCCGCGACAGAAGUCGCAGGUCUCACCGCUCGGGCUCAAGCGACAAAAAGCGCGAUAGGGAACGAGAAUAGAUAGGAAUGUUGUUUGAUGCACUUAACUUUCGAUUGGAAUAAUUACAAAUAGUAACGUUAUAAACCAGAAUUUUAUGUUGUCCCUAACUUCAACAAUGCUUAUCUUUUUUUGUCAAACCGGAAUUUGAUUCUAAAACAUGCCGCAAGUUCCGGUUUGGCAAACAUCGCGUUUGUACAUUGAACCGUGUAUAUUCAUUGCUUUUCCUUAACUGCUUGCUAAUUAGCAGUGCAUAUAUUUUAGGUAAUGUUGUAAAUAACCCGCAAAUGAAGACGGUUAUUAAUUUAUCAAAUUGAUUAAUACAUUACAAACGUUCUGGUUUUUGUAAAUCGUAUUAUAAUAUGAAUUAUCUGCAACGUUUAUAAGUUUUAUAGCUGUGAAAAUGAAGAUUUUCGUAAGACUCACCAAACAGCUAAGAAAAUGAAAGCAUUAACAUCGUCAGAAAGGUCCACAAUUGCACUAGUUCAUUACUUAAACUCUAUAUCUAAUUAAACAUGAGAGGGAAGUACAAAGAGAAAUUGUUAAGAGAUAUUCAAUGCAUAUGAAAUAAUACAUUGUUACGUGUAAGAUUAGUUUGGGUUUGUAGAUAGAUUAUUAGAAGUUGUGUUGAUUAUGGUGUUCCAAUAAAUUUUUCUGCAUGCGACCAGGAUGUUUAAGCUCUUUUGUAGGACACAUUGUAGAUUUAAUGGAAAUUUUUGUUUAGAUUGAAGUCUGAAGUACAAAACUCACAAAUUUUCAAAGGAACUUAAGUAAAAUUUAUUAAAAAGGCAAAGGACUUUCUCGUGUUAGACUUCUAACUGAAAAUGUUUAUUCUUACGAAAUAAACUUUACAACUGUAUGUUAUUGAGAA